UUGCACAGUUUUCUUCACUGACUUACAAUAUUAAUAGAUAUAGGGUUCGAUUAUUUUCGUAAAUAUUUUCAUAAUUUUAUUUAAAAUCAUAUAGUCUCGGAAUAGUGCCGCAAUCAUGAGCAGCGCGCUGGAAAACUAUGUAAAUCAAGUGCGCACGCUAAGCGCUGCAUGCAGUUACCGUGAGCUGGCGGACGAGCUCGCAGAAUCCCUGUCUCUGCUUAUCCGCAACUGGAGCAUAUUAGACAAUGUGCUGGAAACUCUUGACAUCCAACAGCAUACGCUGGGUGUGCUCUAUGUGUUGCUUGCCAAGCUACAUAGCGCGCCAACUGCUAAUCCAGAGCCGGCACAGAUCAUUCAGCUAAUGCGGGACUUCCUUCAACGCAGCAGUGUGGAACAAUUGCGAUUCGCCGUGUGCGCCUUUUACGAGACUUGCCAUUGCUUUACGGACUUUAUAGUGCAGAAGCAAUUGAGCACUCUCGGUAUUAAAAUUCUGUCGCGUGCCAUUGACCAGAUUCGACAAAUGGACACUCAGCUAACCCCCUUACAUGCCGAUCUCUGUCAGCUUAGCUUGAAGGCGAAAAAUUUCAGUGUGGUAUUGCCCUAUUUAGAUGCGGACAUUACUGACAUUUCCACGGUGGCGGCUGAGUGUAAGAAUCAACAGCAACAGCAAUCGCAAAACACAAUGGAUGCCAACAACGAUGCCAAGUACUUUUUGCUUUACUAUUACUAUGGCGGCAUGAUAUACACAGCCAUCAAGAAUUAUGAUCGCGCCUUGUACUUCUUUGAGGUGUGCAUCACCACACCGGCGAUGGCCAUGUCGCAUAUCAUGCUGGAGGCGUAUAAAAAAUUUCUCAUGGUCUCUCUCAUUGUAGAGGGCAAGAUUGCGUAUAUACCAAAAAACACACAAGUCAUUGGACGCUUCAUGAAGCCCCAGGCCAUCUACUAUCAUGAUCUGGUUAAUGUCUAUGCAAAUUCUUCCAGCGAAGAGUUACGCAUUAUUAUACUCAAGUACAGUGAAGCAUUUACACGUGAUAAUAAUAUGGGCCUAGCGAAAAAGGUGGCCACCUCCUUGUAUAAGCGUAAUAUACAGCGACUGACGAAAACGUUCUUAACGCUCUCCCUUAGCGAUGUGGCCAGCCGAGUCCAGUUGGCCAGUGCAUCGGAUGCAGAGCGUUAUAUUCUAAACAUGAUCAAAUCGGGUGAAAUUUAUGCUACAAUCAAUCAAAAAGAUGGUAUGGUCUUGUUUAAAAACGAUCCAGAGAAAUACAAUUCACCGGAUAUGUUCCUAAAUGUGCAAACGAACAUAACUCAAGUUCUGGAUUUGGUAAAACAAAUUAAUAAAAUGGAAGAAGAGAUUCUAUUGAAUCCCAUGUAUGUUAAAAAGUCUCUUGGCAGUCAGGAUGAUGAUUUGACGUCGCAGCAUCCAAAAGCAUUUUCAGGUGAUCCCACGGAUUGAUGUUGCCAGUGCCAACAGCUCAAUGAUGCCGCCGCCGCCGCCACCACCAACACCACCUACACCACACCAACAACAACAACAACAAUUACAAUUACAACAUUCAGCAUAAACAUUAGUCUGCUGAUUGUUAUCAUCUUUAUGCUCAUUCAUGAACAACACUCAUCCAGCUGUAACAACAAGAUACUGCGCUCUUACAUAUAUCAAAUUUAUAGAUGAACAUUCUAUUUUAAAUAAACUAUGAAUCUAUAAAUCUA